AUGGGGGACUGGAGCUCAUUGGGGAAGUUGUUAGAGAGCGCUCAGGAGCACUCCACUGUGGUGGGGAAGGUGUGGCUCUCUGUGCUCUUCAUCUUCAGGAUCCUGGUUCUGGGAGCAGCAGCGGAGAAGGUGUGGGGUGACGAGCAGUCAGGUUUCACCUGUGACACCAAGCAGCCUGGCUGCCAAAACGUCUGCUACGACCGCACCUUCCCCAUAUCACACAUCCGUUUCUGGGUCAUGCAGAUCAUCUUUGUGUCAGUGCCCACUCUUAUAUACCUGGGACACAUCCUGCACCUGCUGCGCAUGGAGGACAAGCAGAAGCGCCUAGAUCAGGAUGGAACUGGGAAACCAGGGAAAGCCAUGGCAACAAUUCGGGAUGAACAGGGGAAGAUUCAGCUGCAGGGGGCGCUGCUUCGCACAUACAUCCUCAAUGUCAUUUUCAAAACACUGCUGGAGGUGGGCUUCCUGGUGGCACAGUACUUCCUAUAUGGCUUUGAGCUCAAGCCCAUGUACACAUGCAGCAGCUGGCCGUGUCCCAAUACCGUAAACUGCUAUAUCUCACGCCCUACAGAGAAAACCAUCUUCAUCCUGUUCAUGCUCGCUGUAGCAUGUGUGUCACUUCUUCUAAAUUUAGUGGAGAUGUACCACCUUAGCUUCACCAAGUGUCACCAGGGUCUCAGCUAUCGCCAUUCGCUCUCUGACUCUUCCUCUAAAGCACCUAGUGAGGAAGCUGUCAUUCCAUUUGUUGCCAGUUACCCUUAUUUCCCUGCCCACACCCAGCCCCCUGAACAUCAGUACAAACUCCCAGACACUGACGGUACGUUUCCCAUGUACGGGAGUCGCUCCGCCCACAAACAGAACAACGAUAAUCUUGCUGUGGAGCACAUUACCACAGAGUCCAAACCUGAUGCUGCAGAACCCAAACCUGAUGAAACCAGGGUGAAGAAAACCUCAAGCUCCGCCCCUGGAUCUCCACAUUACCAGCGCAGGCAGAGCUAUGCUAGUCGCUAUAGCAACAACAAGAGCAGACUUGAUGAUCUGAAGAUUUGA